CACGGCCAUGACGUCACCGGUGUGAAGCGGAAGUAGCAGUCAGGUUUAUGGCUCCAGGAUGAGGAUGAGCUGUAUGUAUGGCUGUGGUGCGGGGGGGGGGCUGUGAAAUGUAAAUAUAAUACAUCCAUGAGUGUUUUUGUUUUGUUGCAAACCCUGAAAACGGACAGUUUUAGUCGAGCGGCCAUGAAGACAGUGUUUGUUACUGUCGGCACCACGAGCUUUGAUGAGCUCAUUGAAAGCGUCACGUCUCCAGAGACCGUACAGGCUUUGAAGGCUCGUGGAUAUGAACGUUUGGUUCUUCAGGUUGGAAGAGGAUCUCUUCUUCCAGCUGCUGACAGCUGUCCACACGUCAGACUUCAGGCUUAUCGAUUCAAAGACUCUAUAGCAGAAGACAUCAAGCAGGCUGAUCUCGUCAUCAGCCAUGCAGGCGCAGGAAGUUGUUUGGAGGCGCUCGGUGCCGGCAAAUUUCUGCUGGUCGUCGUCAAUGACAAGCUGAUGAACAACCACCAACUGGAGAUGGCCAGGCAGCUGCACAUGGACUCGCACUUGUUGUACUGCACAUGCAGCACACUGACACAAACACUGAGGACGAUGGAUCUCUCUGUUCUUCAGCCCUUUUUGCCCGGACAGCCUAAGAAUUUUGCGAAUUUCCUCGACAAAGCCCUCGGUGUUCAGUGAAACUUUUAAUUUUACAGGACUGCUUGUUUUCUGUCACACUGACGUUUGAUGAUUUGUAAAAAUAUUAUGUAAUAGUAGAUUAUGAUACUACUUCUUACAUUUGAUAGUGAUCGUACAGCACUCAACUGUUAACCAUUUGAGUUUUUUCUAUUUCUGUAUGCAAUAAUAAUGUCUAAUUACAAAUC